GAUCCGAAGCGUUCGGCCAUCUCCGCCGAGGCUCCCCCAUUGGCUCCGAGGCGGCGGGAUGGGCUCCGAGGUCACUCGGCUGUUUCCGUGAGGGGCCGGGUGGGAGCGCGCGGCGCUCGGCUCGGCAUUCUCGGAGCCCGCUUGCGGCUGUUACGCAGCGUAGGGCGGCGGCACAGCGGUAGCUGCAGCAGUAGUAGGAGCGCGGACAAAGGGCAGCGCCCAAGGCCGCCAGCCGGGUGGCUCCUAUGUGCCCCGCGGGGCGGCCGCCGAGCCCCGCCGACAUGGCCCGCCCUGCCGCCGCGAACCGUCCGCACUGCAGCCCGCCCCGCCCGCGAUGAGGAACCGCCGCCACUGAGGAGCCAGGCCGUGCAACCGCCUCACCCCGCGCAGAUUCUUCCGCCCGCCCGUGCCGGAUCCUGUUCCUGCGGGAUCCCUCCGCCAAGUAGUCCGGCGCUCCGUGCCGCCGCCCGCGGAGGAGGAGGAGGAAGAGGCGGCGGGGGAGGGGCGGCAAGGGGACCGGCCGGGCCCAGCGCAGCGCACCCGCGGGCAGUGGCGGGGCCGGGAUGGCUUUGUGAGGCCGCGCCGAGGGACCGCCGCCGCCGCCGCGGAGGCACGGACGGGGCCGCCCCGCGCCGCGCUUCAUGCGGCAGCCGCGCCGCGGCGCCUGAGCCCGGCCCAGCGCAGCGCUCCCGCCGGGGCCGCCAGCCGCGCACCAUGUCGGGCCGGCCCCGCACCACCUCGUUCGCCGAGAGCUGCAAGCCCGUGCAGCAGCCCUCCGCCUUCGGCAGCAUGAAAGUCAGCAGAGACAAAGAUGGCAGCAAAGUGACUACAGUUGUAGCAACUCCUGGACAAGGGCCUGACCGACCACAAGAAGUUAGCUAUACGGACACCAAGGUGAUUGGCAAUGGAUCUUUUGGUGUUGUGUAUCAAGCCAAACUCUGCGAUUCAGGAGAGCUUGUGGCCAUCAAGAAAGUGCUGCAGGACAAAAGAUUUAAGAACCGAGAGCUCCAGAUCAUGAGAAAGUUGGAUCACUGUAACAUUGUCCGAUUGCGUUAUUUCUUCUACUCUAGUGGAGAGAAGAAAGAUGAGGUGUACCUCAACUUGGUGCUGGACUAUGUUCCUGAAACAGUAUACAGAGUUGCCAGACAUUAUAGUCGGGCCAAACAGACACUCCCUAUGAUCUAUGUCAAGUUGUACAUGUAUCAGCUGUUCCGGAGUUUAGCCUAUAUCCAUUCCUUUGGAAUCUGCCAUCGGGAUAUAAAACCACAGAACCUCUUGCUGGACCCUGAUACAGCUGUUCUAAAACUCUGUGACUUUGGAAGUGCAAAACAGCUGGUUCGUGGAGAGCCUAAUGUCUCUUACAUCUGCUCUCGGUACUACAGGGCACCAGAGUUGAUCUUUGGAGCCACCGAUUAUACCUCCAGUAUAGAUGUGUGGUCAGCAGGCUGUGUAUUGGCAGAACUGUUACUAGGACAGCCAAUCUUUCCAGGUGACAGUGGUGUGGAUCAGUUGGUGGAAAUAAUCAAGGUCCUGGGAACGCCUACAAGGGAGCAAAUUAGAGAAAUGAAUCCAAACUACACUGAAUUCAAAUUCCCUCAGAUUAAGGCACAUCCCUGGACUAAGGACUCGUCAGGAACAGGACAUUUCACCUCAGGAGUGCGGGUCUUCCGACCCCGCACUCCACCAGAAGCAAUCGCGCUAUGUAGCCGCCUGUUGGAGUAUACCCCUACUGCCCGCCUGACUCCCCUGGAAGCGUGUGCACACUCUUUCUUUGAUGAACUACGGGACCCAAAUGUCAAGUUACCAAAUGGGCGAGAGAAACCUGCACUCUUCAACUUCACCACUCAAGAACUGUCAAGUAACCCAUCUCUGGCUUCGAUCCUCAUCCCUGCUCAUGCUCGGAAUCAAGCAGCUGCUUCAACCCCUACAAAUGCUACAGCAGCCUCAGAUGUUAACGCAGGAGAGCGAGCUCAGACCAAUAGCGCAGCUUCAGCCUCUGCCUCCAACUCCACCUGAACGGGUCCCGAGCAGCCAGCUGCACAGGAAGAAUCACCAGUAAUUUGAGUCUCACUCAGCAACACUGGUCACAUUUGGAAAGAAAAUUAAAAAGAGGAAAAAAACAAACAAACAAAUGAAACAAAACCCAACAACAAACCUGUUCAUUUUAGUGUUCAAUUUUUUUAUUAUUAUUAUUGUUGUUCUUAUUUAACCUUGUAAAAUAUCUAUAAAUACAAACGAGUUUCAUUGUAUUCUCACUCUGUGGGGCCUCCGGGGCAGGGGAAAGGGGUUGGGGGGCGGGGGGAGGGAAAGUGGAGCAAUAGAAACACGCCAAUGUCUCUUCCCUCGACAAUCUCUUCAUAUUGAAAGUUUGCUGUUGUGUACUUCAGAACCAGGACUCUUGCCUCAUGCCCCCUCCCACAACAGAAAGAAGGAAAAAAACCUCAUUCUCUGCUGAAGUUCUCUCUCUCUCUCUCUCUCUCUCUCCUCUCUUUUAUUUUAUUUUAUUUUUUUAAACCUCUUUUUUAUUUUCUUUUUAAGUGAAGUUUCAGACUUCGGUGUAGUGCACAGCUUGAAUUUGGUCGGGAGCUUAGCAGGGGUCAUUCAACAGAGCUCAGUGCUCCUUGUAAGCCAAUCCAUAUCCUAAGCUAAUCUGAAAAACUGCCCUUGGCUGGGGAGAGGAGGAAGCGGGAAGGCAAGAUUUAGCUGGGGGGAAAAGGGGGGUGGGGGUUACUAUGUGGCUGGAGCUCGGUGCUGCUAGUGGAAGGCUUCCAUUUAAAAAGUCAGUGCUAGCAGUAAGGAAAUCUUUAGCUUCAUUAAGGGAAGAGUCUCCCAAGCAGGCUGUAUAUAAUAUAUACACACACAUGCACAAGCACAUGCAGUUAGCUUUACUGAGAUGCAGCCUACCUGUGUCAUUGGAGCUCCUCCAACGGGCCUGUGGGGUUUUUUGUUUUUAACAAGCUGCAGGAGAGCAUGUGGGGAGCGUGGGCAGCUGUGAUCUUCAGCAGAGAGAAACAGAGGCACCCAGUCCUGUGGCAGGGGGGCUCACUGGAAAAGGGCCGCUGUUGAAAGCAUUUCCCCCGUUUCUCAGUUGGAACUGGCUUCCCUUUCCUGAGGUGCAUAGAAGAAAAAGACACCAGGGUGGGUGACACCAACCAUACCAGUCUGCUGGUUUCUUUGUCUGGUUUUUGUUUUUUUUUUUUUUUUCCGUAAUACAAUUUGAACUUGCUGAAUGCCACCUCCUCAAGUAGUUCCCAUUUUAAUCUGUGGCUAGCAUCUGUAUUUAAUUUCAUCUUCCUUUUUUUUUUAAACUUCCUGCUUUUUUAACCUUUAUUUAUUGUUGCAUGUCACAGUUGCCAUUAUGAUGUUUUUACAUUGGUAGACUCUUAAUAAAAAUACGCAUCUGAGUGAUAUCAACAGUACCUUGUACCUGCUGACUCAUGGGGAAAGCUGGCUCCAGGAGUGUGUGUGUGUGUGUGUGUGUGUGUGUAUUAUAUAAAUGUAUACAUAGAUACAAUACUGCUUUUUUUUAUUUUUAUUUUGUCUACAAUCUUGAAACGGUCUGAUUGGUGCAUGAAACGAAUGCCUAUUCCUAGUCUACAUGUUUUAAGGGUUUUAUUCCCAUAGUGGUGAAUGGUGUGAGAAUCAAAGUCUCCGUUUCUGAAGUUUAAAGCAAUAUUCCUGGGGAAGGGGCAGGGGAGUGACUACAUUGCAGCUGUAAUGUAUGAAAUAGACUAUUGAGACCUGGUCAGUCAUGCACAUGACGCUGGUGUCCACAUGGGCCUUAUACUUAUUCAGAGAAACCUUUAGUCGCCUUGGUGCUUCUGAGCAGUUUAUUUGACCUGCGGCGCUUUCAGGCACGGUCCGUUGUUGUUGGCAUUGACGGCCCUUCUGGUGCAGCCCAGGAGUAGCCAGCAGUAGCAGCUUGCACAGGGCAGCAAGAGUUUUUUGUUUGUGAGCUCAGUGUGUUUCCCCUCCUUGCGCUUCAUAUUUAUCCCUCUGUGUGGGAUUUCUUAAAACUGUCUCUUGCCAGUAGAAGCCCCUUCUGCCCUGCCUAAUAAACGGUGGGUUUCAGGAGGGGAGGAGUCAUCUGCAGAGAUGAGCGGAUAACUGCAAACAAACAGAUAAUCCACUUUAGUUAUACCUCUUAUGGUUUGGCUGUUGGGCAGCCAAAAGCAUUGUAAGCAGGUCUGGACAGAUUCCAGAAUAAUAUAAGGGAAAACCUGUGUUUAAACAAAGCAGAGUCAAAAACCACUCUCAGAACCAAGGAGGAGUCUGUAAUCAAUGUACGAGGCCUCAAAAAAAGGUGGCUUAAUGCAGGAGUUGGGCCUGUGAGUGUCCUGAGGACUGGGAAGAUGUGCUUGAGAGAGGAGAGAGCUGAGGAAUUGGACAUAGACACUCUGGGCUCGGAGACCAUGGAGCACCAAGUCCCUGAACAUCGCUGCUUGUUUCAGGAAAUGUCACGGGUGGUUUUGGCACAUUUUUGUUUUUUUCUUGUCCUUCGAGACUGGUGGGGGAGGAGAGUUAAGAGGUUUUUCUUUCAUUCUUCUAAUAUUAUUCUGUGAGUGUGAGCGUGCGUCUCUGUAUGCACAUACGCUGGAGUCCCAGUAGUUUUAUUUUUCUUCAAGGAUCAUGGCAGGAUCACAAACUCUUUUAUACAAGUGAGAUCCAGGUCUUUGAAUAACCUUUUUUUGUAAAUAAGGAAAAAAAAAAAUACAAAAAACAGAAACAAAGCUCCUCACCAAAUUCAAGCUUGUACAUUAUUAUUUUUGGUUGUUUUUAAAUUUUGAGUUAUAUUGUUUUUGUAUGUAAAUAUGUGGACCCAGGAACUGUUAUUAAUGAGCAAAAAGUUACCGUUCAGGGCAGUGAUUCUGUUUAAUAAUCAGACAAAAUGUAGACGAGCUUUUUAAAGCCAUAUAGUUUUAACUCUGUACAGUAGGUACCGGCCUGUAUUAUUGUAACAAUAACUCUAGCGAUGUAUAGUGUAUCUAUAUAGUUUGGAGUGCCUUCGCUUCCAUGAUUUUUUGAAUUUUAUUUCCCUUUUUUUGUCCUUUUUUAACAGAUGUCUCCCACAUAAAUCUGCAUCUUUGCUCCCGUGCUUUCUAACUCUUUUGAGUGCUGUAAGGUUUCAGUGAUACCAUGGUCAGUAGUGGAACGAAAGGAAACCAUUAUUGGUAACUCAUUUCAUUCAAGCCGUGGCUUUGUUCUGGAUGUGUCAGUUGCUCACCCCACCCCACUCCCGAUAGCAGUGACCGGUUUCGUUUUUGCACUUGCCCUCUUGGCAUCUAGGAGCCCAGUGGCUAGUGGCUAGAUUAGGUUUUGCUCGUCUCUUCCCCAAUCCCUGCAUCCAGAGGUCUUCCAGGAGCCUUUGGGUUUCUUGAGGGUCUCCUUUUUGCUGUGUUAAAGAGGGAGCGAAUUGGGCUUUACAACAAAAAGGAUCUUUUCCCUAAACAGCCCAGUGUCCUACAGUGAUGGCCUAGCAGGCCACGGAGCCACCAUUGCGAGCCGUGGGGCGCGGUGGCUGUCACGGUAGAACACUGCUGAGCCUUUCUAGGAAGGGAAGCACCUGUUCCCUUUUUUCCCUCUUCCCCCAUGCCCUCCCCAAAGUCAUUUUUGUUUUCUUAAGACGUUGAGUUGAACAUUACUCUUGAUUUCUUGUGCCCAGCACAAAAGCCUUGUUUCUAAGAUUAGUUUGCUUGUUAGUAUUUCGCAUCAGAUUGUCUUGAAUGGGAAAACACUUAACUCUUUACCAAACCAAAGGUUGCUGUUUUUUUUGAACCAUCUCGUGUUCAUUCCAGUGAGGCAGAGGCUGCACUUUCUUUCUGGUGACACGAAGGUCAGUGAUGUCAAAUUUGUUUUUAACAGUCCAUUCGGAAUUGUUACUCUUUUUUUUUUCUUUUUCAGUUUUAUUUUUUGGCUUGUUUUUAAUGAAGUAUGGUCUUGAUCUGUCAUUUCUGUCUACUCUGCAAUUGCAUACGUUUCCAAGAUGGAAUUGAUUACAAUCUCUGUGUCCCCUAUUGGACGUCAAUAAAGACACUGGUAUUUUAAUUUCAAGUCUAUCUACCUUUUUAGGAAAAUUAAUGUGAUUGCUCACGUAAAACAUCGAUGUUUUUAAAACAAAUUGGCUGAUGCAAUAUCUGUGUUCACUUUUUUUGUUCUUUUAACCAGGUUUUAUCUAAAAUAAUGGCAGAUGCCUGUGAUUUGCAACUGGUGAUCAUUUUAAAUUUUCCCAGACUAGUAAUACAAUAAACUUAAUGUACUUUAAAAUACAAUAAUUCACUAGUAAUUUUUUCUCUAUUAAAAAUCUCAGCCAUUGAAGGUUAAAAAAACCAAAAAAAAACAAGAAGUAAAAGCACAGUAGAGGACUCAACCCAGGAUCAACCUUUUUGCGGCUAUGAAAAGGCGUGCCUGGUGUUCCAGAUUCUUUCCACAGGGGUUUUAGCCAGUUUUGUUUGUAGCUUUUCGUUUUGCAACACUGCAAUAAAAGCAAAACGAUAAAAAAGGAAAACAAAAAAAACCCAGUACCUAAAGGGUUAGCUCAAGAAAAGUAGCUUCCUUGUGUUGUUCUUUCUCAAUUUAUUUUUAAUAUAAAUAUAUAUAUAUAUAAAAAAAACCAUAUUUAUAUAUAUAUAAAUUUGCUUGCCUGUAAAAUUUGCGUUCAUUAAUGUGUUGCUGAUGGAUCACUUGGGCCUGUACACACACAAAUUAGCGUGACCACUUCCAUUUUAAACUGAAAUCUUUAUAUAUAUAUAUAUAUAUAUAUAUAUAUAUAUAUAUA